GGACGGUUUCGAUUGAGCUCCGUCUCUCUUUUUCAUUUCCAGGUGUAGCUCUUUAUAUAAGAGCUUCAUCUCGACAGAACGGGACCUCCACCGUUAGCGAGACCCGAAGAUAAAGAAGAAGCUAGAAGAAAAGCCAUGAAGCUGCUGGCUCCGACUCUUCUGCUCUGCUCGCUCCUCCUGAGCUUCGCUCUCUCGGAGCCUUCAUCUGCAACGUCGCCAUUCUGUGGGAACAAGUGCAAGGGGAGGUGCGCGAAGGCCGGGGUGAUGGACCGGUGCGUCAAGUACUGCAACAUCUGCUGCCAGGAGUGCGGGUGCGUCCCGUCCGGGACCUAUGGCAACAAGCACGAGUGCCCCUGCUACCGUGACAAGCGCAGCUCCAAGGGGAAGCCGAAAUGCCCUUGAUCACAUUAUGCAUCCUCCAUUGAAUCUAGCGACUCUAAAGUUUGAGCUUGAGUUCAUGGCCUUGAUGAUCAAUAAGAGAUUGUAGCGUUCAGACUAGGGUUUAAUAGCAUGUGGACAUCUCUGCUUGAUUUUGUGCUUGGGAGGUGUUUGUGUUUCUGUCUUCCUGGUGGGGGUAGUCCUGAUGAGGACAUGUCAUCCAGCAGUUGCAGUCUUUUGCCCCUUUCCCAUGAAUUAUAUUGCCUGUAUUUGGUGUUACUGAGAAGUGAGCAUUUUAUCUCUUUUGUGUCAA